AGGGGGGCCCCCAUGCCCGCUCUGGCCUCUCAGGUCAGCCCUGAAAUGUCCAUUACUCACAAAGAAAAGGAAAAUGCUCAUUUGAAAGACAUUCUUCUCUUUGACAAUGCUGAGACAUUCUCCCAGCCCCAGCCCCACAGUGCCCCAGUGUGUGAAGGACAACAGCUGUUGGGGAAGUUCAGUGCAUCUGUCCUAACCAGGGCUGGAGGUGGUGCCAGUCUGUGCAGCUGGGAACACCUCCUCCGCUGUGGCUGAAGGGGCUCCACCUGGCACCUGUGCCACCAGUGGCCCCUGAACGGGCAUCCAGGCCCACCCUUAAUAAAGAUGCAUUGUUCAU